AUGGAAAAUGAAAUUCACCAAGAAUCGUUGAUGACAAUGUCAAGUCAACAAAUACAGCAACCAAUAACAGCAAUGACCAUUUCUGAUUUGUCUGAAGAUAACAACGAUAAUGAUGAUGAUGAUGAAAAUGAUUUCAAUGUUAUACAUUAUAUUCUCACCGGUUUCGGUCUACAACAUCUGGUCAAAACAGGACAUCUAAAUGUGAUGGAUAUUCUUCAUACAUUUGGAUCAUUAUUAGCAUUAUUUGGAUGUUUAUGUCAUCUAAUAGCUGUAAGCAGAAUUUAUUUUGCUUAUAACACUGAUAUGAAUGUUAUAUUCAAACGUGAAACCAAAAUUGAUAUUCCAGCCAUUACUAUUUGUUCGAAUAUAUCAAAAAUGGCCAAUGAAGUAUAUCUAUUGGGAAAAUAUUCAACAAAAUUAAAACAAAUGAAUGAAUAUCCACAGGCUAAAUAUUUAGCAUAUGAAAAAUUAUUAAAAAAUCUUACAUUAAAUGAACAACUAAAUUUGGCAACAAUUUCAGCCGAACAAUUAUUUCAUCAUUGUAAAAUUGUUAAACCAAUGGCAUUUGAACGAACCAUAGCCGGUGAUUAUAUUUCCUGUACAGAUAUUGUUCCUAUACGUGAAUUUAUAUCAUUGAAAAAGAAAUGCUACUCAAUUGGAUUACAAUUGAAUGAUGAAUCGAAUGAUCGUUUUAUUAUUGAUCAUGAUACAACGAUACGUGAUAAUGGAUUUCCAUUGAUGAUUAUUCAUCUUUUAAAUGAAUAUAUUGAUAAUCCAAAAAUUUAUGUUGAAUCACGAAAAACACCAUAUCUUGCACCUAUCGGUGGUCAUAUUAAUUUUUUUCGUGCAAAUAAUUCAAAAUUUGAAAGUAUAUCAUUUAAUUUUGCCAAAACAAAAAAUCAACUACUUGAACCACCAUAUCGAACAAAUUGUCGCCAUUAUGAAGAGAUUGGAUACAAAUCAUUGAUGCAUUGUAUGAAUCAUUGUAAGGCCCAGUAUUUUAUCGAUCAUUUUAAUGGAUGGCAUGCUAAUAUUCCAGCCAAUAAUGGUGAUAAUCUGGAUAUUCAUUUUGCACCAGCAGAAUAUAGAAAGAAUAAAACAUUGGAUAAAAUUGUAUCGAAUAAAUGUUCACAAUUCUGUAGUAAACGUCAGGAUUGUGUUUGUGAACUAUUCAAGAUAACAAUUAUGGAAGAAAUUGAACGAAAUAAUGAAAAUAUACAAUUAAAAGAUCGAUUUCAAUUGAAAGUAAUGAUACCGAUUGAUUUGAAUAAAUAUUAUACACACAAACCACGUAUGGAAUGGAUUGAAUUCAUCUGUUUUUAUGCAUCAACAAUAAGUCUUUGGUUUGGAUUCUCAAUUAUUGCUUUUGCACGUUCCAUCAUGCAUCUGAUACAUCAUAAUUGUCUAAUUCGAUUAAAGAAAGAAAAAUCAAACGAAUAUAAAACUGAAGAAACAAAUUGAUGAAAAUCAAAAUUAUUUAUUCCAUAAUCAACUGUUUGAUGAUAAUGAUGAAUGUAAUUAUCAUAUAAACAAGUAAACUUACACAUGCACACACAUCAUACACAUCUCAUUGAAUUAAUGAACCACAACAUUUAAUUAUAAUCAAUUGGAAAAAAAAUGAAAAUUAAUGCAAUCAACACUCGUCUCUCUCUCUCUCUCGCGCUCGUACUA